AUGGAGAGAUUUUGCAAAGGGUGUGUGAGUGGAAUAUCACGCCAGGGACAAAGUCAACACAAAGAAACGAACUCCGAAAAGGAGCGGGAAAGAGAAAUAGUUGAGCGCUGCUCUGGCGAGUCCCGCAGCUCUCUUCCUCGCAGUAACAGCAGUGGUCGGCCCCCCGCGCUUUGUGUCUCCAGUGCCGAGGUGAAGCGGAGAGAACGCGCUGGGAGCGUGGGUGAGAGGCGGCGUCUCGUUUCCGCACCACAGGUUGACCUUCGAGUAAGAAAAGCUCUCCCAGCGGCUAGUGUGGGACGUGGAGCCUCGCUCGUGGCUGCCGGCAGCGUUCCCACGCGCCGGGCGCGGACAAAGCUCUCGCCGCCUGCGGUCCCGACCCACUUCUGCUCUGCUCCCGCCGCUCCGACUGGUCGCCGCUCCGGCACUUCGUGGGCAGGGACGCCGACGCCCGCGCGUGUCGCCAGCCGGUCAGACCACUCGCACUGCCUCGUUCUCCCGGCCGUGGCCCGCGACGCCUACUGGCACCAUAGGCUACGUGAGUUCAUUGUCCCUGGAGAUGGAGCAAACCCCGAAGAACAAGCAGUGACUGUGUGGAUCUACGCUCUCAUAUCCCUGCUAUUAGACGCACUGAAGGCUGUCCACUCCCGGCUGAGAACCCCUUCCUUCAACUCCAACAAUUGCCAUUCAUUGAAAAAGCUGCCUCUGAAGAGAGUUGCCUCUUGCAAGGCUAAGGAAAUGAUACCCAACGGAAACUUGGAUCUACGGAAAGGAAUGAAGAACCUCAGAAAUGAAACAUGGAAAGUAAAGAAAUGACUGAAUUCAAGCUUGACAACAAUAAAAAUGUUCAACGAUAAAAAUGUUUAAUUCUUGCUUGAUAACAGUAAGAGAGUUUAAUUGAAACUUCUCUUGUCAGUGCCAAACAAACAAGCUGUUAGACUUGUGAUCAAAGGGUGAAACUUAAUCAUCAGAAACUUACUUCGUUCCCUUGCGCAAGCACUAAGUAAAAGAUACCAAAGAACCAGAGGUCAGUUCACUAAAAUCUGUAUCUUCCUUUCUCAACUAACUGUG